AUGAUGGCACGGGCGACCAGCAAUCCUGCAUCAAUUCCUUUCUGCAAAAGGCCGCAGGCGCGGACCAGGUGGCCUACUUCCCGGCCGGGAUCUAUACAAUCCGGCGGCACCGUGCUGAUUCCCACAGGCUCGCGCGUACAAGGCUCUUCGUGGUCGCAGAUCCAAGGGUCGGGCUUCUACCUCAGCGACAUGAACAACCCCAAGGUUAUGAUGCAGGUCGGCAACAAGGGUGACAUCGGCACUAUGGAAAUCGUCGAGAUGCUUUUCUCGGUGCGUGGCGCCUCAUGGGGUGGAACACGGCGGCGUCUGAGCAGGGCGCGGCGGCCAUGUGGGACUCGCACUCCGCGUCGGCGGCACUCUCGGCAGCGAUCUUGA